AGCUGGCCUAAGCGCAUGCGCGCUGGCGCCGCGGAGGUAUUUCCGCCCGAGAGUGCCUGUGUAGUGCUGUCCCCUGCUUUCGCGGCCGCCUCUCGAGGGGAGGUUUGGUCCGCUCGGGCCACCGUCGCCGGAAGUGGUGUCGGGGCCCCUCAGUGCAGCGCCCUGGAAAGGAGCCCGGCCCUCGCCAGCCGCGUUGCAGGGAGCGCAGAAAUGGAUUCCCAGGAGAUUGGAGAGCUGCAGCAGGAAGUGAUGGAGGAGCUGGGCAUCUCCAUGGAAGAUCUCCAGCAGUUCAUUGACGAGGAGCUGGAGAAACUCGAGUGCGUGAAGCAACGAAAGAAGCAGCUGGAAGAGCUGGAAAAGAACGUUAAGCAGAAAGAGGCAGAAGUAGCUCACGUGGACCAGCUCUUUGAUGACGCCUCAAGAGCCAUCAAUAAAUGUGAGGUGCUGGUAAAAGAUCUCUACUCCAAGCUAGGGCUUCAGUAUCGUGAGAGCAGCUCUGAAGAUGAGGACUCGGCUUCCAAGCCCACGGAAGUGAUUGAAAUUCCAGACGAGGAUGAUGAUGAUGUCAUGAGCGUGGAUUCAGGUGAUACAAGUAAAAACCCGAAGGAUCAGACUCUGCUUCGAGAAGCCAUGGCCGCGAUGAGGAAAUCUGCCCAGGAUGUUCAGAAAUUCAUGGAUGCCAUUACCAAAAAAAAAACCACCCAGGAAACGCAGAGAGAUGGGGUUUCCUCUCAGCAGAGCUCAGUAAAUGCAUCCCAGCAAGCAAACUCUGGGGGCGAUCUCAGCAAGGAUGGUGAUCUCACAGUUGGCAUGCGCAUCCUGGGCAAGAAAAGGACCAAGACAUGGCACAAGGGAACCCUGAUUGCAAUCCAAUCAGUGGGCGAGUCCCGCCGCCCUGGGGGUGCUGGCAAGAAGUAUAAAGUGAAGUUUGACAACAAAGGGAAGAGUUUGCUUUCUGGCAAUCACAUUGCUUAUGACUAUCACCCCCUUCCCGAGAAGCUGUAUGUUGGAAGCCGGGUCGUGGCCAAAUAUAAGGAUGGAAAUCAAGUCUGGUUGUAUGCUGGCAUCGUGGCUGAAACUCCCAAUGUGAAGAACAAAUUGAGGUUUCUUAUCUUCUUUGAUGACGGCUAUGCUUCCUACGUCACCCAGCCAGAGCUGUACCUGGUCUGCAGGCCGUUGAAGAAGACCUGGGAAGAUAUUGAGGACGUUUCCUGCCGGGAUUUCAUUGAGGAGUACAUCACGGCCUACCCCAACCGCCCCAUGGUUCUGCUGAAGAGCGGCCAGCUGAUUAAAACAGAGUGGGAAGGGACAUGGUGGAAAUCCAGAGUGGAGGAAGUGGAUGGCAGCUUGGUCAAAAUCCUCUUCUUGGAUGACAAGCGCUGCGAGUGGAUUUACCGCGGCUCCACACGCCUCGAACCCAUGUUCAGCAUGAAAACCUCCACAGCCUCCACUCAGGAAAAGAAGCAGAGCGGGCAGGCGAGGACGCGGCCCAAUGUCGGUGCUGUGCGGAGUAAGGGGCCUGUUGUACAAUACACCCAAGACCUGACAGGAACCGGCACUCAGUAUAAGCCCAUAGAACAGAUGCAGGCGACAGUGUUGGGCUCUCAGCCUGUUUCUCCACAGCCUGCUGAGAUUGAAGGCUCUGACAGUCAGCUGGCUCAAUCUAGGAAGCAAGUGGCCAAAAAAAGCACUUCCUUCCGUCCUGGCUCGGUGGGGUCCGGGCAGUCAUCUCCUGCUUCUCCUGUCUUAAGCGAGACUCCCCCCAUUGGAAGAACCGGAGUGAACCAGCAAGUCUACCGGUUCCCAAGCACAUCUCUUCCGUCGCAGCCAAUCAGCGGGGUGGCACCAUCAUUCCAUGGCAUAAUGGACCGGGUGCCCAACGAGCCCUCGUACCAUGCCCCCAUGGAGAAGCUCUUCUACCUGCCCCAUGUGUGCAGCUUCACCUGCUUGUCGCGUGUCCGCCCCAUCCGCAGUGACCAGUACCGCAGCAAGAACCCUCUGCUCAUCCCACUUCUCUAUGACUUCCGGCGCAUGACGGCCCGGCGCCGCAUCAACCGCAAGAUGGGCUUUCACGUCUUGUACAAGACACCGUGUGGGCUCUGCCUCCGCACCAUGCAAGAGAUUGAGCGCUACCUGUUUGAGACAGACUGUGACUUCCUCUUCCUGGAGAUGUUUUGCCUGGACCCUUACGUGCUGGUGGACCGCAAGUUCCAGCCCUACAAGCCUUUCUACUACAUUGCUGACAUCACCAAGGGCAAGGAGGACGUGCCCCUGUCCUGUGUCAAUGAGAUAGACAGCACACCACCCCCACAGGUGGCUUACAGCAAGGAACGCAUCCCUGGGAAGGGUGUCUAUAUCAACACCAGCUGGGAGUUCCUUGUCGGCUGCGACUGCAAAGAUGGCUGCAGGGACAAAUCCAAAUGUGCCUGUCACCAGCUGACAGUCCAAGCGACAGGCUGCACUCCUGGUGGGCAAAUCAAUCAUAAUUCAGGCUACCAGUACAAGCGGCUGGACGAAUGCCUCCCCACAGGGGUCUAUGAGUGCAACAAGAGAUGCAAAUGCAACGUCAACAUGUGCACCAACCGCCUGGUGCAGCAUGGGCUCCAGGUCCGGCUCCAGCUCUUCAAGACACAGAACAAAGGCUGGGGGAUCCGCUGCCUGGAUGACAUUGCUAAGGGCUCUUUUGUCUGCAUCUACGCAGGGAAAAUCCUGACAGAUGACUUCGCUGACAAGGAAGGGCUGGAGAUGGGUGAUGAGUACUUUGCCAACCUGGACCACAUUGAGAGCGUGGAGAACUUUAAGGAGGGCUAUGAGAGCGAUGCCAAAUGCUCUUCUGACAGCAGCGGCGUGGACCUGAAGGAUGAUGAUGAUGACAACACGGGCUCAGAGGAGCAGGAGGAGUCCAACGAAGACAGCUCUGAUGACAACUUUGGCAAGGACGAAGACUUCAGCACCAACUCGGUGUGGCGCAGCUAUGCCACUCGCCGCCAGACCCGAGGACAGAAGGAGAAUGGCCUCUCAGAGACAGCUUCCAAGGACUCGGGCCUUGCCCGGCAGGUGAGUCACGAGGAGAGCGCCGUGGCAGUCUCCUGUAAGCUGCCCGUGUCCGAAGAGACCUCCAAGAACAAAGUGGCUUCGUGGCUGAACUCCAACAGUAUGACUGACAGCUUCCAGGACAACGACAGCGCAUCCUCCUUCAAGAUGAACGAGGCUGGGGAGGCAAAGGCCGGCAAGAUGGAUGCCCCAGGCGAAAGGGAGCGAGCUUCCACCUCAGGGCUUGGGGGCUUGGAUGCAGAAGGGAAGGGACAGAAGAAGGAGGAAUCAGAAGAAACAAACAAGUUCCCACUGCUGAGCGAGACGACAGGCAGGCUGUACGGCUAUAACCCCAGCCCACCGAAGCUGGAGGGUGUCCGCAGGCCCCUGAGCAAGACCACCCUGCAUCAGAGCAGGCGGCAGUCGGCCCCCCCGCAGCCCUCCACUGACGACGUAUUGACGCUCUCCAGCAGCACUGACAGUGAGGGGGAGAAUGGGCAGACAGCCUCGGGACAAGCACAAGGCAAUGCCAAUGACAGCGAUGACAUCCAGACCAUCUCCUCCGGCUCGGAGGAAGAAGACGAUAAAAAGAACCCCUCUUCUGGCCUCGGUCCUGUGAAGAGACAAGUGGCAGUGAAGUCUACCAGGGGCUUUGCCCUCAAGUCAACACAUGGCAUUGCUAUAAAGUCAACCAACCUUGCAUCGGCUGACAAGGGUGAGAGUGCGCCGGUGCGAAGGACCACCCGCCAGUUCUAUGACGGGGAGGAAUCCUGCUACAUCAUUGAUGCUAAGCUUGAAGGAAACCUCGGCCGCUACCUUAACCAUAGCUGUAGCCCUAACCUGUUUGUGCAGAACGUCUUUGUGGACACCCACGAUCUCCGCUUCCCCUGGGUCGCCUUCUUCGCCAGCAAGAGGAUACGAGCUGGCACGGAGCUGACAUGGGACUACAACUACGAGGUGGGCAGCGUGGAGGGCAAGGAGCUUCUGUGCUGCUGCGGGGCUAUCGAAUGCCGAGGCCGGUUGCUGUGAGCCUGCCAGGAGGCAGAUUAAUGCCCCCUCCCCACCCCACAAGUCCUUCUCUCUGUUUCUGUCUGAUGGGGGAAGCACUGUAUUCCCUCUAGGCUGGAGCCAGGAGGAUUUCUAAGCAUCCUGUCACAGAGGGGCUUAGAGCUGUUGUUUCUUUACAAGGACUAGCAAUAGUCCCAGGUGUAGGGGUGAGGACAGGUAAGAUGCUGCCCUAGCAAUGCCACCUGUGAUCUUUGCUCGUGAGCCCAGGCUCAGAGAGACUCCAUUGUAGGAGGCAGACAGAACCACUUCAGCAUGACACUCUCUCUCCCUCCACCCUUCCAUAAACGGCCUCAAUUUUGCCGCCGCUACAACUAGGCUCUGACCUCAGGAGUAGCAUCUGUUCCUACAGAUAGAGCCCUCCACCCAACCCGAGCGGCUAGAGGUAGACCCUAAAUGCUAAACUCACUUUGACAGAGGGAAGCAUUUGGGGUGGAGACAGGCAAAUCUUUCCUCAUGGCAACUUGAGCAUUUGCUUUCUCUCUGUCCCUCCCCCUCUUUCUCUAUCCCUGUGUCUAAGGAAGCUUUUGGUAGCACUGCUGGGAGGUCUCCUGUAGUAGCUCCAAGGCCCAGUCAGAUUGGACCAACACUGGAUUUAUGUCAGACCUUUUGGGCUUAGGGAAAAGACAACAGCUGUGCUCCUUCCUCUUGGAGACCACAAAAAAAUCUUGUCAGUGUUUUUAAAAAAAAAAAAAAAAGUAAAGCAAUAAAGUCUGGGUUUUUUCUACCAAA